UUUCGCUGACAAAGGCAGAUAAUGCUGGCGUUUUUCACCUUGGAUGGGAACCGAGGAGAGGGCUCUCGGAGAACACGGUGGAUGUCCACAGAGGCAGGCUUUGCUCCGGGAGGCAGGGUUGGUGGGUUUAAAAUUACGCUGGAGAACCGAGGGGUCUUGCUAAGAUGACGAUUCCCCUCUUUUUCUCUCGCCUUCCGAGACUCGCGUGGACAUGUUUUUGCUUCUGACUGAAGAGCGCUUUAAGGGGGGGUGGGAGUGGGGGCCGCGCCUAGCGUCGCUUUGAGCUGCGAAAGUUUGCGACUAUUUCUGGAAGAGGGGAAAGCAGCAAUGCCCGUGGACCUAGGGAUCUGUGGAUGCUCCCCAGGCGGAAUCACUAUGUCUUUAUCAGAAGAAGCUGUUUAAAGAGAGAGGAAAACAAGGCAAGCUUCCUAGUUUCUUGCUCGGGGAUCUCUUGCGUGGUAACCUCCAGUCCAAGAAAAUGAGUUCCGGGGCAAGCUGCUGAAUCAAAGGUGGACCUGCGGAGAAAAGCUCAGCAGUUGUGAGACAGCAAAAAGCCUACACAGCAGACACAACAAGAUGAGUUUAGAAAAUGAUGAUAAGAGAGCACGCACACGAUCAAAGUCUAUCCGAGUGCCCACGGAACUCAUCGGACAGGAGGUGAGCUGCCCUACCCCGGGAUGUAAUGGCUCAGGACACAUCCGUGGGAAGUAUGCAAGACACAGAAGUUUACAAAGCUGCCCUCUAGCCAAGAAGAGGAAACUUCAGGAUGCUGAGGCCGAGCACCUGGUGUCCAAGAGAAAAUCCCACCCCCUCAAGCUGGCCCUUGACGAAGGCUACAACGUCGACAGCGAUGGGAGCGAGGAGACGGAGGUGAAGGAGGAGUCCGUCAGCGACGAAUCGGAGGGGACUUUGGAGGAGGAAGAAGCAGAAACGAUAGAGCAGGAGGAGACCCACAGCCCUGAGCCAGCAGAAGUAAGAAGCCCAGCAAAAUCAUCACACUACGGACAUAAUGCAGCCACCAAUACACCUGGCCCUAGCAAGGCUAAUUACAGCAGCUAUCAAGAAAUCAUUGCCAAUUCUCUCCUAAAUCUUGGCCAAAUAGCAGAAGAAACCCUUGCAAUAGAGGGGCAGCUGCCUGAAAAUGAGCUGCAGGUCGCCAAGCCUCCAGUUAAUGUUGUGCACCUGGUCCAUGAAGGGAUAGAAGAAGAGGUGGUUGAGGAGGCAGGUGACAAGGAGAUUAUCAUCCAAACCGAGGAUGCGGAGGAGGUCAUCGAGGUCGCUAGCGAACGGAGCAGUGAAUUGUGUCCGGAGCAUCAGGAUGAUAUGAGCUGUGAGGAGUCCUGCAAGUUGGAGAAGGGCAUUCAGGCAGAAGCAGAAGAAGAGGAGGAAGAAGAAGAGGAAGAGGAGGAAGAGGAGGAGGAAGAAGAAGAGGAUGAAGACGAGGAGGAUGAGGACGAGGAAGAGGACGAAGAGGAGGAGAUGGCACCUGAAGUGAUCUGUGAAGAAACUCCUCAGACGUCUCAGGACUCCCACAAAACCCCACCUGAAUACUCGGUCAUCGUGGAAGUCAGGUCAGAUGAUGACAAAGAUGACGAUGCUCGCUCCCAGAAAUCCGCCGUGACCGACGAGUCCGAAAUGUAUGACAUGAUGACCAGAGGGAACCUGGGGCUGCUGGAGCAGGCCAUUGCCCUCAAAGCCGAGCAGGUGAAGAUCACGAGGGAGCCCAGCCGCCUGCCAGGGGAGCACACAAAGCAUUUCCAGGGGGACGAGAAACAAAACAAACCUUUGGACACCAUCAGAAAAAACUACUACAGCAAAGAUCCCUCAAGACCUGAGAAGCGAGAGAUCAAAUGCCCAACUCCAGGUUGUGAUGGCACCGGUCAUGUCACAGGGCUCUACCCUCACCACCGCAGUCUGUCUGGUUGCCCACACAAAGACAGGAUCCCACCAGAGAUCUUGGCCAUGCACGAGAAUGUGUUGAAAUGCCCAACACCAGGCUGCACAGGACAGGGUCAUGUGAACAGCAAUCGCAACACACACAGAAGUUUAUCUGGGUGCCCCAUUGCCGCUGCUGAAAAAUUAGCCAAAUCUCAUGAAAAGCAACAACCGCAAGCCGGUGACCCCUCUAAAAGUAGCUCCAAUUCUGACCGGAUACUCAGACCUAUGUGCUUUGUGAAGCAGCUGGAGAUUCCUCAGUAUGGAAGCUACAGGCCCAACAUGGUUCCAGCAACCCCUAGGGCCAACCUGGCCAAGGAGCUGGAGAAGUACUCCAAGGUCACCUUCGAUUAUGCAAGUUUUGAUGCUCAGGUUUUUGGCAAACGCAUGCUUGCCCCAAAGAUUCAGACUAGCGAAACCUCACCGAAAGCCUUUAAAUGCUUCGACUACUCUCACGAUGCCGAGGCCGCACACAUGGCUGCCACCGCCAUCUUAAAUCUCUCCACCCGCUGCUGGGAGAUGCCAGAAAAUCUCAGUACCAAGCAGCAGGAUUUUCCCAGCAAGUCUAUGGACAUUGAGGUGGAUGAAAACGGGACUCUGGACUUAAGCAUGAACAAGCACCGCAAACGGGAGAGCGCCUUCCCCAGCAGCAGCAGCUGCAGCAGCAGUCCCAGUGUGAAGUCCCCCGAUGUGUCCCAACGCCAAAAUAGCACGAGUGCCACUAGCAGCACCAUGACCUCACCCCAGUCCAGCCAGACCUCCCGUCAGGAUGAAUGGGAUGGCCCUAUUGACUACACCAAACCAAAUCGUCAGCGGGAGGAGGAGCCAGAGGAGUCAGAGCCCGCAGCCCAUUCUUUUGCUUCCUCUGAAGCAGACGAGCAGGAAGCAUCAGAGGAGAACUUUGAAGAACGGAAAUACCCAGGGGAGGUUACCUUAACCAACUUCAAGCUUAAAUUCCUUCCCAAGGACAUCAAGAAGGAGCUCCUCACUUGCCCUACCCCAGGCUGUGAUGGCAGCGGACACAUCACGGGAAACUAUGCCUCUCACCGCAGCCUUUCUGGUUGUCCUCUUGCUGACAAGAGCCUCAGAAACCUCAUGGCUGCCCACUCUGCUGACCUCAAGUGCCCAACUCCUGGAUGUGAUGGUUCUGGUCACAUAACAGGAAAUUAUGCAUCACAUAGGAGUCUGUCAGGCUGCCCCCGUGCCAAGAAAAGUGGCAUCAAGAUAACCCCCACGAAAGAUGACAAAGAAGACCCGGAGCUGAUGAAGUGUCCGGUUCCUGGUUGUGUUGGGCUUGGACACAUCAGCGGCAAAUACGCCUCUCAUCGCAGUGCAUCGGGGUGUCCUCUGGCAGCCCGCCGGCAGAAAGAAGGAUCACUCAAUGGCUCCUCAUUUUCCUGGAAGUCAUUGAAGAAUGAAGGGCCUACCUGUCCAACCCCUGGCUGUGAUGGCUCAGGUCAUGCCAACGGAAGCUUUCUCACUCACAGAAGUUUAUCAGGGUGUCCCAGAGCUACUUUUGCUGGAAAGAAAGGAAAACUCUCAGGGGAUGAAAUUCUCAACACUAAAUUCAAGACCAGCGAUGUUCUAGAGAACGAUGAAGAAAUUAAGCAGUUAAACAGGGAGAUUACUGAGCUGAAUGAGUCCAACUCAGAGAUGGAAGCUGCCAUGGUGAAGCUGCAGUCACAGAUAUCAUCCAUGGAGAAGAACCUAAGGAACAUUGAGGAGGAAAACAAAAUAAUUGAGGAGCAGAAUGAAGCUCUGUUCUUGGAGCUCUCAGGACUGAGCCAGGCACUUAUCCAAAGUCUUGCCAAUAUCCGCCUUCCACACAUGGAGCCAAUCAGCGAACAGAACUUUGACGCUUAUGUUAAUACCCUUACCGACAUGUACACCAAUCAGGAGUGUUAUCAGAACCCUGAGAACAGGGAUCUGCUAGAAAGCAUUAAACAGGCUGUCAAGGGAAUUCAAGUCUAGUGCCGUGGAUAACACAAAUAAACUGUAAGAAGAUGGAACCUUCACUCCAAGUAUUCAGGUUUACAAGUUAUACAACUUGUCUAAUGAAUGAAAAAAAGGACCAAAAGUUAACCAAGAGGCCAUUUACAAGAAGCAGAACUGAACUGAACUCCAUGUUUUCAUUUACUUAACUUGGACCUUCUUGCAAAGAGUGGGAUUUUUCUACCUGUACCAAGUGGUAGAUGAGGAUGGACAAUGAGACCCUACAAUAGGUUGCAGGGCUUGGUUGCUGAUGGAGAUAAGGCGUCUUUAUGAGUUGCCAGGUUUUACUGAUGAGAAAGAAGGCAUUAUAGCAGAAUUAAUCCAAGGGUUAGUACAUUACAAGAACAGGAUUUUGUCUGGUUGAAACGGGCGUAAACCCUCAUGCUGUCUAUGGCCAUGUGUCCAGAUCACCUACUCACAUAUGAAUUAUGUUAUAUGUUACUGUAAAUGAGAAGCUGGAGCUGCAGGCUACCUGUAAAUCUAAACCUCUGCUGGGCCUCCCACCCCCAAGGUAUUGAAAUAUCCACUGGGUGCGGGAACUCUUAAGUAUUAUAAAGUAGCUUAUUUUUAUUUUCUGAAGAGCGAUUCUGGAUCUCCAGUGGAAAGCGCAAUGGAAAAAAGGUUCUCAGGGAAGCUUUUGAAGUUUGCAACUACAGUAUUCCUUUGUCUGUCUUAAAUAUGAGAAUAGCUAUUAUGAAUAGACGAAUUCCAGAGAUUUCAUACGGAAGAAAUUCUAAAUGUGUCAUGGUCCAGUAUAUAUGAUUUUUUUUGGAAGUCUAUUGGUGGAUGGUUCAGGUUCUUUUCAAUAUUAUGGUUGUUGUUCCAGUAGCACGGCGCUGCCAGUACAGAGAUCAUGCACCAAUGCCAGAGAAAUGUUUCAAGUGAUUAUCAGCAAAAAUGAAAGAUUCAAAUUGAUGGCCAGCAAAGUGCUUAUCUACCAUGGACUGUGGCAGAUUCCUUACAGAUGUACAUAUGGCGAUGGGGUUUUUUUUGUUGUUGUUGUUGGUUUGUUUGGUUUUGGUUUCUAUAUUUUUGUGCAAGGUUACAGAGCCAACGUCAUUCUGCAAAAAGAGCAUUUUGGGUGUGGAUCUUCCAAAGAACCCUUUGGGAAGCAGUUUGAUACGUGCAGCUGACUGUAGAGAUGGGAAUGGCUUUGCACCUUAUUGGGAAUGGCUUUGCACCUCAUUCAUCUCAUUGCAUCGCAUGGCAGAGCACAGUGAUUGAAGGUGGUUUUCACACUGUAAGAAAGAAGUUGGCAGAGAGAGAGAGAGAAAUAUUGGCCUGUCCCAGCCAAUGCUGAAGGCUUAUUUAAUAAACUCAUCUCACAUGCACAUUAACUAUGAUUGAGAAUUCUUUAUCGGCUUGGCGAUGACACUUUGCAGGAGAGAAGCCCCUAGCACCCCAGUACUUGUCACAUAAACCCCCCACUUUCAAUAUCAUUUCCAGUGAGGUGAGGGGUGGCAAGGAAUUUGCUCACCAAUAAUAAAGUGAAGGAUAUUGUGUCGUUAUGAGCCUAAUCCUGCAGACAUUUAGGGGAUAAUGAAAAGUCCAAGGGAAAUAAUGGAAAGAAUCCAGUGGACAUUGGAUCAGAUUCUAAAGUAUGUGAAUAGGUAGGUAGCCCGACUGAAGUCCAUUGGGCACCUCCUGUGAAUAAAUGUAAUCACAUGCUUAAGCGUUUGCAGGAUCCCAGGAAUUCACUUAUGUUAGGACCCAUUCCAAGUGCAAAAAUAAAAUGGAAAAAAAAUGUAAUUUGCUGUGUUAAAAACACAAUUCUUAACAUGUAAAUAGAGUCCAACUUGCUUGUGACUACAAUUCAGUUAGUAUUUAAAAGUAGAGAAAUUGCACUUCCUGGAAGAGAGAGCGAGCGAGGGAAAAGUAGCUAGUUUAAUUAUCCUGUAAAUUAUUUAAUUUUGGCAAGAUGUAUGUUAUUUAUAUUCACAACACCUUAUGUUAACUUUUUGCUAUUUAUUUAACCUUUCUUAUUUAUUAAUUUUAUACUUAUUUUAAACUGGACACCACACCAUGGAAAAGAAAAGAAAAGCAAAAAAUAAAAAAGUAAAACUUUUUUGACCUUAAAUAAAAGAUAUUCCAAAAAAAAAGAAACAAAGGAAAGUAAAAACCCACCUAUCUACAAUUCCUACUUGUAAUUUUGAUGCAACCAAGUUAUUUUUUAUAUAUUUUGUUAUUUAUUCUUUUAACAAUGGGAAUUUUUUAAAGAUAUUUUAUAACUGAGGCAUUUUGAUAAUUUUUGGUUUGUUUUUUUGACGGGGUAGGGACAAUGGGAGGGGAAGAGAGACUUUUAGGGAUUUUGUUUUCAUUCGUAUUGUUUCAGGCACUGAUUAAUGGUAAAUGAAAAGUCUGUAUUUAUUAUUUAUUUAAUAUUUAAGUCAAAAUGAACUGUGCUCUUGUUGUAUAUUUAUUUUGUCAUGUUUCUGUGUUGGUUAUGUGAUGACUGAGUAAUUGUUUAUGUGAAGGAAUACUGUUAAUAUUUAAAUAAUAAAGAGUCACAUUGAAA